AUGAAAAGACCCACGCUCAGUUUAAGCGCAAAACAAAUACGAGAGGUACUUCACGCCCUGGACUCGCUCGAUCCGACGACUGAAUUUGCUGAGCUUGCUGCAUCUGAAGACCUCGACGCGGCAUUGUGGUACUCUUUAUAUCCAAGAACAAGGGACUGCGACAAAAUUGAGCGACAAAGCAGUGACGCACGAGGAGAUGCAAGGCGUGCUGCUGGUAUUGCACGUAUGCAUCCUCGAAACGUUUUCGCAAACAUAAAAGCAGACUUCUUUGUGCUAGGCAAGCGCCAACCGUGCUUCAGACCUUUUGUGGAGCAGUGCAGCCUAGGUCUUUGGUACGUCAACUUUAAAAGCUGGGAGGUGACUAGGGCCUUGAAUCGAGCUCUGCUCGUCGAUGUUUACGGGCUGGUUUCAUGGGACAUUCCGAAAGGCCAUCUAUGUCCACCCGUUCCCAAUCGUGCAAGUUACAUCCACUGGCUUGAGGACCUUCUGCAACUUUCGCACCCGUGUGGUAGGCCUGGCAUAGAGUGCGAGGGUGUACGCGGCAUCGAUAUUGGCGUAGGAUCAAACUGCGUGUUCCCUUUGCUGGGUUCAACCGCAAAUCGAUGGUCGUUCAUUGGAAUAGAUGUUACAGAUGUUGCUCUCAUUUGGGCUGAUAAAAAUAGACUUGACAACCCAGAUUUGGCCAGCCGAAUUAAAAUUCGGGAUGCGAGACGUUCGGGCACUCUCCAUAUGAAGAGGAAUGACAGCGCAGUACUCGCCGUGCAGAUGGGGGAAAGGUUUUCUUUCUGCAUGUGUAAUCCACCAUUUUUCGAAACUAUGAAACAUGCGAAACGAAACCCAGGCACCAACUUUGGAGGUACUCUCGCCGAAUUAUGCUGUCCAGGUGGAGAAGAAACAUUCAUACGUCGCAUGUAUAAUGAAUCUCUGGUGACAAAAGAUCGAGUCCACUGGUACACAACAAUGUGUGGUAAAAAAGAGACAUUGAAGAGUUUGCGGUGCUUAUUGGACAUGGCCAAGGUUCCUGCUAUUCGAACUGCUCGGUUCUUACAGGGAAAAACCGUGAGAUGGGGAGUAGCAUGGUCUUUCUCUGCUCAGGCUCUGCCGAUAUCGACGAUCCCGUUGCGAUCAGGAGUGGACAUAAAAUUUGAUACUGUGCCACAUAGCAGAUCGUGCUGGCGCAUCACUUUCGAGCCACAGGCAGUUGAGGGCAGCUGUCUCGCAGAGAAACUCGCUGAGCAGAUCCGUCUGGUGCUUGAGAAGUGUGGCUGUGCGAUUUCGCCGGACUCGCGCUUGCAAAAUACUUUCAAUUAUAGGUGUGUAAUGGAGGAAUACGUGUUUCCGACGGUUGGGAGCAACCGACUUUUGGUGAAGAUCUUGCAACCUCUUCCUGGAGCUGUUGUUGUGGUCACGGCAGCAUGCGAUGACAAGUCAGCCACUAAUCUCAUGAUGCAGCGCCGCUUCAAGCUAGUUUGGGAAGCUAUCAAGGCGCGGAUAUCCGCGCAAACGCAACGUCAAGUAGGGAGCAGAGUUGACUGGAGCUAA